UAGAGAUUCAAGAACAAAAAGGAUCAAAGAUUAUAUAUAUUUUACCUUUGAGUGGUUUUAAAUUUAAGUACAAUUAAGUAAUUGAAAAGUGUGUUUCCUGAGGAGCUUCUCAUGUAUGUUUGUAAAACCUUGAGUUUGUCUUAAGUGAAAAUGAUUUGCUAUACUGUGAUCAACUUUAGUCAUUCAGAUACUGUGACUGCAAAUGUUCUUGAUAAUAAGGACUAUUUUGAAAGUUAAAAACUGCCUUCUUCAAUCUCUUCUCUUGUGAACUGACCAGUCUGUCAACAUUUCCUUCCUGUUUUGACUACACAGCUCUCUGUCUCUUUGAAAACCUGUUCUAUAAUCCUGACAUCAAGUCACUCUGCUGUCAGAAUAUUUGAAAUGAUAAGUGUGGUUGUAGAUCAGGGUCCUGGUGUCUUUAUUUAUACAACAGCUUCAGUUACAGCUGAGUUACUGAGAACAGCCUGCCUGAACUUUACUAUUCAGGUGCUCACUGCCCAAACUGUAUUUCUAAUUAAAUAAAUAAAUUAUUAUUUGAGGGAAACAAAAUGGUAGUUCAGUGAGAUUAUCAGUCUGUGGAACAUUUUCAUUCUUCUUAAGAAUUUUCCGGUAAGGAAUCUACGGUAUUACUCAAGAGUGGUAACGCCCUUCCAGGGAAUAUUUUUUUAAACUGAAGUUUAUGUCUGACAGUCUGCUGACACCAAUGAAUGUUAGGUUGAAAGGUGAGUGAGAGCAGUUUUUCAGUCUCAGUUUGUUUGUGAUUACGUUCGAUAUCUCAGUGAGAUCUGAAAAAGCGUCUCCUAGAUGGCGUACUCCACCAGCACCCUUGCAGAGGGCUGUUUUGGGAAAGUGUACAAGGAGAAGUACAAUGAUACCUGGGCUGCUAUUAAGAAAGUUCCUCAGCAUCUCAUCAGCUGGAAGGAUCUGGAGAGAGAGAGUGAAGUGUACAACAAGGCAAAACAUCCCAACAUAGUGAGGCUUCUGGGCAAAAUAAUUCUUAAAGAUGGAAAAUGGAUCAUUCCACUAGAGUUUGUCUUCGGAGAGGACUUGGAGACCACCAUCUUCAAGGCGUCAAAGUCUAAAAUAUUGAUGACUCCAGCUAAUAAAGGCACAAUCAUUGUCGGCAUGUGUGAAGGGCUGCUUCAUCUACACUCCAGAGACAUUGUCCAUCAAGAUCUCAAGCCUGAAAACAUUAUGGUGGAGCAUAACACGAACAGAGCAGUAAUUAUUGAUCUGGGACUGGCCAAGUUCUUCAAACGUGGUCUAAACUCUGCAAUGGACAUGGGGAACGAGGCUUACUCGGCUCCUGAGGUGCUGCAGAGGGGUAGCCAGAGAGAUCAGCGUUCAGACGUCUGGGCCAUGGGAAAAAUCAUAGCUGAGCUCUGUGCCCGGAUUCGUCUGUACACACCCAGCGUCUGUCCUGACAAAAUCAAGGAUGUUUUAAAGGACCAACCAUACUGCCCUGCUGUGUGUAGGAUGGUGGAGCAGAAUCCAUCUCUGAGGGCCUCUAUGGGCGGGGUCAUUAGUGAUAUUCGAAGAGCUGCAGGAAUGGGCAUUGUCACCAACACACCCAUUCAAAAAGAUCAUCUUAAACCACCUACACCUCACUUUAAUGCCAGAAACCAGUCCCCAUCACCUCCGAACAGAGAUGCACAUCUGCCAAUCAGGGACCCAUCACCAAUCAAUCGAGCUGCAUCUCCGCUAAUCAGGGAAUUAUCACCGAUAAACCGAGGUAUUUCUCCACUUAACAGGGAUCCAUCACCGUUAAACAAGUUUGACAUACAUCAGUCACCUAUGAAUAAGCCUACAGGGCGGAUAUUUGAACGUUCUCCUAGACCAGAGAUAAAACCUUUGCCUCGGACUGGAGUGCACCUUCCUCCUUCCCCACAGAGGCAAGAGGACAAGAACAAAAAUCACGAUCUGGCGCCGAAAGGUGGAUCAGAACUCGCACAGGACCUCAGGAAAAUGAAGUUGUUACACGAAGCUGCCAAGGAUCUUCCCUGCAACCUGCCAACGACAGGGAGGGUGGUGGUGCGGCGUUUUGAGGAGAAAAACGGGGAAAUGGGUUCAUGGGAGCAGACCGAGGUGGUAACUCGUGAUGGAAAGAUAGUCAAGUUUGAUGAUGUCAAGUUUAACAGCAAAUGAGAGUAUCUGGGAGAGUUACAAAAUAGUUGUAUGUUCACUCAGCUUAAAGAGUAGACUGAGUUUAGGUGCAGUGGACAUUGCAUGGAAUGUAACAGGAUAUAAUUUUUUUUUAAGGAAUUGAUUAGUUUUGAGUUAUUUCCAAAUUAAAACUUUCCAUUAGCAUAUGCUUAGUUCCAAAUUUAUUUUUAAAAAUAUCAAUUUCAAAUGCAAACCUAGAUGUUGUGGAUUUUGGUAUGCAUUAUGCUCACUGUAAGCUCUGUGAGUGAGACUUGUAAUGAGAUUAUCUCCAAUUGAAAAACUGAUAGUUAUAUAUAUUUUCUGUUGGCUAAAAUGUGCAAUGGUGAUUACAUAUGAAAUGUGUUUUGAUAGUUUUGGUUAAAUAAAUGACUGUGAGAAAUUAAGGGCAGGGAAUGUGGGUGUGGUAUACAGAAUGGGUCUGUGGUGUAUUGUCUGCUUAAUAUGUCUGCUGUUUUUUUAACUAGUGAUCUAAUCUUUAAGCUGUACUGUGCAUCAGAGUCUCCUGUGUCUGAUAGUCGUUUUUUUUUAAUGACUGUAAAGUAAGACAAAUAAAUCCAGCAAUCUUUAUCUUUGAGUUGCUGGAACCAACAAGUGAUUUGUUGCUGGGUUGAUUUGAUGCUAUUGUGUGGCAGAAGUUCUUGCUACACUGCUCUUUACACUUCAAAGUGAACAAAGGUGAUGUGUUAGUCCACACCCCGUUUACAAGAACAAGAAGAACCCGUUUUAUUUUUUUUGUAAUUACUCUUGCAGUAAUAAAGUACAUCUUCCAAUCUCAUGUAGUUGUACACAUCAGCAUUAAAGUUGCUUUUAUUGUUUAUA